ACCUUCCUUGGAUAAAUGUCUCCAGCUGGGAAGAAGAGUCUGGGAACCGCGGAGGGGGAGGAGCCAUGGCAACAGAGGAAGAGGGUAGGAAAGGCAUCCCGUCCUUGCUCCUCUCCUCCCAGGAGGAGAGCAUUGCCUCUAACAUCACCCAGGUGCUGGAGUUUCUCUCUCCCUUUCUUUGCUCCUGAAUUGUUGAUCUUAGUUGAAAUCCAAAGGAAAGAUAACAAAUUACAAAUGUUGAUAGGUUGGACACCACUUGUAGAGAUGAAGAACAUUGCUAAGAAAGACUGUGUAGCAGCUCGGUUGGUCGGAAAGAUGGAAGCAUACCAACCCCUUUGCUCGGUUAAGGACAGGAGUGCUCUCCGAAUGAUUGAAGAUGCAGAGGAAAGGGGCUUGAUUUCACCUGGUGUUACGACGCUGAUUGAGCCGACAAGUGGCAAUCUCGGGAUCGGAUUGGUGUUCAUUGCUGUUCAGAGAGGCUACAGAUUUAUCGCUGUUAUGCCUGCUAAAUAUUCACUCGACAAGCAGAUGCUACUGAGAUUUUUGGGCGCUGAAUUAAUACUAACAGAUCCUGCAGUUGGGUUUAAGGGAAUGAAUGACAAGGUGGAAGAGCUGAUGAAGAGUAUACCGAAUUCACAUUGUCUUAAUCAAGUAACUAACCCGGCAAAUCCAGAGGCACACUUCAAAUGGACUGGACCUGAGAUAUGGAAGGACACAGCAGGCAAAGUGGAUAUGUUUGUGGCCUCAGUUGGUUCAGGUGGUACAUUGACAGGUGUAGGAAGGUACCUGAAGAUGAAAAAUCCGUCAGUAAAUAUAGUGUGUGUCGAACCUUCAGAAAGUGCUGUAAUUUCAGGUGGCGCACCAGGACGACACAAGAUUCAGGGCACGGGGGCAGGCUUCAUACCGGAAGUCCUGGACACAUCAGUCAUCGAUGAAGUUGUGACGGUGAACACGGAGGAAGCCAUGGCGAUGGCGAGAAGGUUGGCGAAGGAGGAGGGACUGCUUGUCGGCAUAUCUUCCGGUUGCCUUGCUACUAUGCGUGCUGAAUUUCAUGAGCCUGCCUGCCAGAUUGCAGGAAGGGAGGAGAACAAGGGGAAGAUGAUCGUCACCAUGUUCCCGAGCGGUGGAGAAAGAUACAUGAACUCUGAUCUCUUUGCAGAUGUCAGGGAUGAAUGCAUUGCUAUGACCUUCUGAUGUCUUGGGCCAUAGUCCUAGAAGAAAAUGUGUGUGUGCUUGUACUCUGUACAUAUGUUUGCUGAGGACUUUGUUCAGAUUACACCAUAUUUUCUCAGGUUCUUUUUUUUU